CACACACACAGACACACACAGACACACACACACACAGACACACACACACACAGACAGACAGAAGAAAGGAAGGAUGACCAUUAUGUGUGUGACUAAUCACUGACCGAGAGUUUUCUGUGGAACCAUAGAACAAGAACCAGGAACUUGAACUUUACUGACCGGGAAAAAAAAAAAAUUCCCCGUGUCAUUGCGAAAACUUGGGCGUUGUGAUGAAGGCUCGCUGGGCUUUUAUUCAUUUAACUUCGGCCUCUGAGUGUUGAGAGGGAAGCCGGACCCGAGCUGGUGCUGGACGGACGGUGAGGAGGCCUGAAAUCAUGCGGCGGCUGCACGGUGCGUUCACUGCCCAGCUUCUCCUGGUCUGCGCAGUUUCUGCUGCGAUUGUUCCUUCUCCAACAAACGUGACUUUGAGCUGCCAGAAUCUGAAAACCACAGUCAGGUGGGAAUACAGCGAACAGCAACCACAAACCAGCUUCAAGGUCCUCAUCAUAUCAUCUGAGGGGCGCCAUGAGAGUGAAACCACAGACCAUCAGUAUGACCUGAGCCCUUUCAUCUGGGAAUCUGAGCGGCGCUACGAAGGCUUCCACUCUGUCAACGUCACGGCCAUUCAGGGAGGCAGGAAGUCCACGCCGGCGAACUCUCAGUCGCUCAGCUUCAAUGAGCUCAAGGAGGCUCAUGUAAGAUGUGAAUUAGAUUUCCCUCCUGUGAGUCUGACUGAAGGCGACUCUGGGGCCACAGUCACUUUCCAAAAUCCCUUCUACUUCUACGAAGAGCUGAAGACGGCCACCAAGACAAACAAUGUCUUCUUCAGCUUCACAGUCUCAAACAGCACAGGAGAUCUGGGGACUGCAGAUUGCGGACUGAAAGAUAAGAUUUGCAGAUAUGAUUUCUCAUUCCCUGAGGGUGUGGACGAGUGUGUCUCGCUGGACGGACAGUUGAAUGACAGGAAUGGUGUAAAUUCUGUCAAGUUCAGAAAGACGUCCCCCGUCUGCAUCACUGAAUCAGCUGAGGCUCACACGGUAACACUCGUCAUACUGCUGUGUGUUUUUAUCAUCAUAAUCAUUUUGGCAGCUAUUGUCAUCUGUAAAGUGAGGGCCUAUCUGAACGAGAAACCAUCUUACCUCAAACCUCUGGCCUUUAAACCCUGUGACAAGCGUCUCUUUAAGCCCGACCCAGAAAACAUUUCUCUACUGGUCGUCAAGCACAAACCAUGCAGCUCAGAGGACGAGGGCGGUACACCAGAGGACCACCAGGGCGCCGCCGCCGGCGCCGGCGCCAGGAGCAACGGAUCAGACCAACAGACAGCGGGGUACGGGAAGGGAGACCUUCUGGAGGACAGCAGCCAGGAGCUGGAUACAACAGACGAGGACUCUGCAGACGACUCUGUGAAAACAGAGUGUGUUGUGAUGGAGGAGGAGGAGGAGGAGGAGGAGGAGGACAGGGUGGGAGAAUACGACCGAGCACACCAUAUACCUGACACAGGUGACGAAGACGUGACCUCGGUUUACACCCAGAGAUGAAACAGCUGACAGAGUCUUGGUCUGGGACUAACGCCUGGCUCUGGGUCGCUGACCUGCACACACUCCUCCUGAACAACAACCUCUGCCACAUUUAUUCAACCUUUUUAAAGGGACAGUUCGAGUUAUUUGACGUGGGGGUUGUGUGAGGAAGUCCCGCAGAGUCGGUGUGUUACCUGCAGCAAUGAUGUGUGGGCGGAGCCGGCAGAAAAAAUAUCCGUUUAAAUGUAAACAGCACUUUCCUUUGGAACUACAUUUUUUCAACCGUAUUCCUACGCCAGAAGCGUAAUACAGGAGAGAGAGAUAAGAUAGAUGGCUGGAAAUGUUCCUCAUGACGUUUCAUUUAAACAGAUAUUGCUCUGCCAGUGUACCGCUGCUGCUGCUGCAGGUAACACCCUGACAACACAUGACCUGUCUCGUCAAAUAACCCCAACUCUCUCUUCCAGGUGUUUGUAAAGAAGCUGUCGACGCUGCUGUUUGUCUCAGGGAAGGAAAGCGGUGAUCUGUCAGUCACCUCAGGCAGGUGGCCGGACGCUUCAUAACCCCACAGGGACGUUUUAAUUUGAAGUUGUAUAAUGACUUUGUUGGUUCUUUAUUUUAUUUUCCCGUACCGGCUCAAACUGGCAGUUGUUUAUGUAUUUUAAUCCGUCUUCUGUACAGUUUUUUAAAUGGACAGUUCACCCAAAAAAACAUACACACAAAAUACAUUUCCUCACUUGUUUCAAGUGGCAUUUAAUCAUGUAGAUGGUUUGGUUUUUAUCAGCCUUGGUUUAAGAUCUCUGGCACCACGUUGACUCAGUGAGGCCGAGUGUUACCAGAAAUAAUGUUGGACACAGAGCAGACUGUUUUCAGAGGGACUCAUUUGUUUAUGCAAAAAGAUUCUGAUUAAACUCGGUUGUUGAGGUGGAAACGAGAUCGAGACAAACAAAAACCCAAACGAUCUACACGACACUAAAAGACACUACAGGUGAAUAAGAAGAUGUUUUUACUGGCAUCAGUUUGAACUGUCGCUUUAAGACUCGUACUUGUUGUUGAAGUUGUAAAAUGAAGCUGAGCACCUUUUACCUCCUGGACUUUAAACUCCCUGCAGCGUCAUAAAUACUCCAGUCGUACACGCCUCACCACGCCUCAGUUUCUGUCGUGAGCUGCUGCAGGGAAACCUGCGACCUGCUGAACUGGCCUGGCAGAGACGACUGGGAGAGUUUCUGCCUCACAGGGUUGGAUUUAUUGGAAACUUUUGGGCUGCUCAUAUUUUUAAUGCUGUGGAGUUUUUUUCAUUUUUUUUAAAUCCAUUUUUUUUAUCGAACUGCAUUUUGUUCAAUUAUCAAUCACAAUAAAAUUGGUUUUUUUUAGGUUUAAAC